CGUCCCGCCCCGCUAGAAUAUUCAGGCUGAGGGACCGGAAGGGUUGAGCUGGAGGAGCGGGCUGGGGGCGGUGCCCUCACGCGUCCGCGUGCCCCAGACCCCGAUCCCAACCCAUGGCGCCCAAGAAGAAGCGCGGGCUGAGCGCAGGGCGCCAGCCAGGUGCGGCGAGAGAGGGCGCCGAGGCGCCACUGUCGGAGCGCGCGCAGUAUCUGCAGCGUGAGUACAAGCUGCUCUCAGAGCAGCUGGACGCCUGCGAUCAGCGCGUGGACCAGGUGCUACAGGAGAACGCCUUCCUCGACCGCGAGGCGCUGCGCCUGCGCGAGGAGAACCGGCUCUACGCCAGCUACAUGAGCGCGCACGCGCAGCGCUGCGCCAAAGCUAUCGUCCGGCUGCAGGAGCAGAACCGCGUGGACCUGACGCAGAUCGACUGGCAGCGAGCCGAGCUGGCGUCGCACUACAGUGGGCGAGAGGACGGGGUGCGCGCGCAGCUGCUGGAGAUGGAGGCGCGCGCGGCGCAGAUAGCGCGGCAGGUGCAGGAGCUGCAGCCCUACAAGGAGCUGCAGCUGGAGCAGCUGGCCCGGAUCCGGGCGCUGGAGCGCGAGCUGCUGCACAAGCGCGUGGAGCACACGCAGUUGCUCCACUGCGUGAAGCGGCGCUUCAUCGAGGACAAGGCGGCCUUCGAGCGUGAGGCUCGCCAGCGCGUGCAGUCCCUGGCACGGCGCGCUGAGAGGGAGGCAGCGCGCGCGCUCAUCGCGCACACGCAGACCAUCAAGGCGGACAACGGGCGCCUGCGGCAGGAGCUGCUGCGGCUGCUCAGCCGGGCCCAGCUGCUGCAUGAAACGCGGCGCCAGCUGCUGGAGCAGCGUGAGCACCUGCGGCGCGAGCACGAGGACACGCGGGGCCUGGCGCGCGUGCAUGGCUGGCUGCGCCGGGGCCCCGAAGGCCCGCCGCUAUGGCAACCUCCUCCGCUCGCCUCGCGCCGCGAGUCCUUCGCCUCCUCCCCAAGCCUGUCGCGCGCAGCCUCGCGGCCCCCUUCGAACACAGCCUCCCAGGCCCCGUCACUGCUCUCGACGCGCGCAGCUUCCCGGCCCCCGUCAAACGCAGCCUCCCGGGCCCCGUCACUGCUCUCGACGCGCACGGCCUCUCGGGUCCUGUCAGCGAUCUUGUCGCGUAUGGGCUCCAGGGUCCCAUCCCAGGCCCCAUCGCACACGGGCUCCCGGGUCCCGUCCUUGACCCUGUCCCGCCCAGGUUCCUGGGUUUCUUCGCGGUCCUCAUUGCGUGCGGCGUCACAGAACACCACCCCCUCUGCCAAGUCGGUGCCUGGAUUGGGCUCUUCCCAUCCCGCAGUCGAAGAGGACCAUGAACACUGA